AUGGCAAUUCCCUCAGACCCCAAGCUUGAUGGCUUCGAUGUCCUCCAGACCAACUUCAAACAUGUCGGAGACCACCCCAUCCGAGCAGACAUCCUCGUACCCCAGAAGCCUCACGCAGGCAAACGACCCGUGAUCCUCCACUUCCACGGUGGCGGUCUGGUCUUCGGUGACUCACUGUUCAUGGACUUCUGGCCACACUGGCUCUCCGAUCUGGCAUUAGCCCACAACGCCAUAAUCAUAAGUCCAAACUACCGCCUCAUGCCAGAGGGAACCAGCGCCCAGAUUUACUCCGACAUCGAAGACUUCUGGACAUGGGUGCACUCCCCGGCCCUCGCAGGCCUCCUAGCAUCCCACUCCACGUCGACAGAGCUCGAUCUAGACCGUAUCCUAACUGCCGGCGAGUCUGCAGGCGGCUUGAUAAGCAUCUACUUGGCGCUCGCGCACCCGAAAGAGAUCAGGUCCGCGACAGCCAGUUACCCACCUGUAGACAUAGGCUCGGAUGACUACAGACUUCCGCGAGCGCGUCCAUGUUUCGGACAUCAUGUUCCUGAGUCUGCUUUCCACGAUGAGGAAAGCGCUGCUGAAAUCGGCACGGCCCGGUCGUCUAUUGCCGCCCCAUCUCGGCUGACGUAUAUGCUUGCUGCUCUUGAGCAUGGGAAGCUUGCGGAGGUGUACGAACGCGGCUCGGAGGGCGUGCCGCGCGAAGUCUUGUAUCCGAUGUUAAAGCUGGAGCAGCCGGAUGUGGGGAUUCCGGUCGGUGGUAUUGCGGUUAUUCAAGGUCGUCAGGAUAGCGUGGUUCCCAUGGGCGGUGCUGAGAGGUUCGUGGAGCGGGCGAAGCAGGUUACGAAGGGCCUUCCUGGGAAUGAGGGGGUGGUGUUUACCGUUAGAGAUGGGGAGCAUGGAUUUGAUGGGUCUGCUAGAUACAGUGAGGAGUGGCUGAGGGAUACGCUGAAAGUGGCUGUUGAUACUUGGGUGAAAUAA